CAUGUCUGCCGACGCCGCCACCACGCCCGCCGCUGCGGCACCCAAGGAGGAGUCCUUCGCCGACUCCAUCCUCACCAAGUACAAGACGGCUGGUGAGAUUGCCGCCUCGGCGCUCGCCGAGGUCGUCAAGAAGGCCGUCGAGGGCGCCACGCUGCUCAGCCUCUGCCAGGCCGGCGACGCCGCCGUCGAGGCCGGCACGGCGGGCGUGUACAAGAGCGACAAGAAGAUGGCCAAGGGCUCCGCUUUCCCCACCACCAUCUCGAUCAACAACGUCAUCUGCAACUGGGCGCCGCUGCCCUCUGACGCCGAGUCGUCCAAGACGCUCGCCACGGGCGAUGUCGUCAAGAUCCAGCUCGGCGCCCAGCUCGACGGCUACCCGGCCGUCGCUGCCGAGACGAUCGUCGUCGGCGCCGACGCCUCGAAGCCGGUCACCGGCAAGACGGCCGACGCUAUCCGCGCCGCCUGGGUCGGCGCUGAGGUCGCGCUGCGGAGCAUGAAGGUCGGCGCCACCAACACGGAGGUGUCGAAGAAGGUGGAGGACGCAAUUAAGGAGCUCGGCUGCCGCGCCGUCGAGGGCAUGCAGACGAACCAGUUCGAGAAGGACGUCAUUGACGGCAAGAAGAAGGUCGUGCUCGCCCCGGAGCCGAGCAGCCGGCCCGACACGAUCAAGCUGGAGGAGAACGAGGUGUACGGCGUGGACAUCACCGUCACGACGUCCAAGGAGGGCAAGCCGAAGGUCGAUGACGCUCGCACGACGAUCUACAAGAAGACAGGCAGCACGUACCUCCUGAAGAUGGCCACGUCGCGCAAGGUCUUCUCCGACGUGCAGAAGAAGGCUGGUGCCUUCCCGUUCAACCUGCGCAUCGUCGAGGACGAGAAGCGCGCACGCAUGGGUGUGCAGGAGUGCGUCAGCCACAACUUGCUCACGCCGUUCGAGGCGCUCGCCGACAAGGAGGAGUCCGCCGUCGUUGCGCAGGUCUUCCUCACGCUCGCAACGAACUCGAAGGGUGCGAUCCGCCUCACGCCGGCGCCGCGGUGGUACAAUGGCUCGGGCGAUGUCGUGAAGCCGGACGCAGAGGUCGGGGAGGCCACCAAGGCCCUGCUGGCAUCCGCAGUGCGCCAGACCAAGACCAAGGCCAAGAAGGCCAAGGCGGCCGACGUCCCGGCUGCCUGAGCGCAAGUCUCUGCUCUUGCUCGGCUCCGAGGGCAUCCGAGGGCCACCGAGCCGGCAGACACGCCUGCGCUGUCUUGCUUGGCCGUGCCCGUAGCCCACGAGCAGUCGAGCGCAACGCUGCAGCUGCCGGUCCGUGCUCGGUCGUGUGGCCACCUGCCGGCCUGCGUCUGCCAAAAUGAAAACACUCCGAACCGCAUCAGCGUCGCAUUGGGACGUGAAGGAGAGAGAGAGCAGCAAGGACGGGUUGA